AUGGAACAUUCUCUUGGAGCUUUAUUAGCUCAGAACAAUGAUGAGGGCCAUGAAAAGGCAAUCUACUACCUCAGUAGAACCAUGAUUGGAGCUGAACACUGGUACAAUCCAGUGGAAAAAGAAUGUUGUGCCUUGGUUUUCGUCAUUCAGAAAAUGCGGCAUUACUUAGUUGGACAAACUAUUCAUGUUAUCUCCAAAGUGAACCCUUUGAGAGUUCUCAUGACGAAACCUUCUUCGCUAAAUUGUCGCCUUGCAAAAUGGUUAAUACUUCUGUCACGAUUAUAUGAAGACUUACCAGACAAAGUUGCAGAGGCUUAUGUAACUCAAGGAGUCAUGAAAGUAUGGAAAUUGUUCUUCGACGGUGCAUCUAGAGCAAGUCCUGAUGGAGGAAUCACAGUCUGUGUGGGGGUUGUGCUCGUAUCCCCAACUGGUCAGAUGAUCCCAAGAGGAUUUUUCUUAAUCGAGUCAUGCACCAACAAUGUAGUAGAGUACAAUGCUUUGCUACUAGGAAUACAGCUGGCCGAGGAGCUCAACAUCCAAUACCUUAAAGCCUACGGUGAUUCUCAACUCAUCGCCCGUAACGCCUAUGCAGAUGCCUUAGCUUCGUUAGCAACUUCACUGGCAUUACCACCAAAGGCAGAAACAAAGAUACUCGUGGUAGGCCAUGAUUUGUAUCAUCCCAAUUUCCCUCUAGGAAAUCACUCAGAAGAGGCAACAACAGAGAUCGUUUGUGAAGCUUCCACAAGUCUUGAACAAAGAGAUUGGUGA